GAAUAUUUAGUCCGCUUUCCUCUUUUCAAUACUAGAAAGUUUGAGUCGUCGCAUACUUUUUCCUCUCUCUCUUUCCUCUUUGGGCGAUCAGAGAAAACCUCCGAAAGACGUCAAUGGCGCCACAAGAUGAUCAACCAAUUGACGCCGCCAUAGAUUCUGAAGCUCAGAGAAAACCUAUUUCAACCAUUGUUAUCUUCAUCGCUAUGCACACCGAAGCUCUACCUCUGGUUAAUCGGUUUCAACUCAAAGAAGAACACGAUUCUUUGUUUCCGAAAGGAGUUCCUUGGGUGCGCUAUCAUGGAAUUUACAAGGAUUUGCAUAUAUACAUCGUGCAACCUGGGAAAGAUCCUGCACUAGGUGUUGAUAGUGUUGGUACAGUCUCUGCAUCGCUUGUGACCUAUGCAACUAUUCAGGCAUUGAAGCCAGACCUUAUCAUAAAUGCAGGAACUGCUGGUGGUUUUAAGGCAAAAGGAGCAGGCAUUGGGGAUGUCUUCCUUGCAUCGGAGGUUGCAUUUCAUGACAGAAGAAUACCUAUACCUGUUUUUGAUCUAUAUGGGGUUGGUCUGCGACAAGCCUUUUCAGCAUCUAACAUCUUGAAGGAGUUAAAUUUGAAGCUUGGAAAAUUGUCAACUGGUGAUUCGCUAGACAUGUCCCCACAAGAUGAAGCUUCAAUCACUGCAAAUGAUGCAACAGUGAAGGACAUGGAGGGUGCUGCUGUUGCAUACGUGGCUGAGCUCCUAAAAGUGCCAGCUAUAUUUCUGAAGGCAGUGACAGAUAUUGUUGAUGGUGAUAAGCCCACUGCAGAGGAGUUCUUGCAAAAUUUGGCUGCCGUCACCGCUGCUCUUGAUGAGACUGUUGCUAAAACUAUUGAUUUUAUCAGUGGGAAGUGCCUAUUGGAACUCUGAGGUCUCCUUCGUCACCAUUCUUUGCAAUUCCUUGACAGAAGCACGAAGUUUGUAUGAGCUCUCGUGGUAAUUGUCCUAUUAAGACAGCACAACUCAAAGGUGCAUUAACUUCUAGUUUUUGGUGUUGGGGUUAAGGGGUUUGCUGGUCUUCAAAGUUGUUUUUAUACAAAAUCUUUGCACCCACAGAAUAGAUAAAGCAAAGUAUACUCCUUUAGAUGGUCCUGCAAUUUAGACUGUAGUAUUCAAAGUACAUUGUCAGUUUACCACUAUUACGAGUGUGAUGUCUAGUUGGUUACUCAUUACAAUAUGAUAAAUCAAAAAUGACCUUGAACAAUCCUUGAACAUCGUUGCACUCUGUGGCCUUUGUUGUAAUCAGUAAUCGUCACUGGGCGUCGCAGUGGGUUCUUCCCAUCAGUUCAAGGUCUGGCUGGUACCGCCCACAUGUAGUGGUCGAGGCACCGAGCCAAGGCUUAGGUCAAACACAAUUGUUUAGAUUUGAAAUCACAAAUUUUGAAAAUUUAAUUUUUCAAGAAAAAUUUAGUUGAGCA